AUGAACUUUUCACCGAAAAUCGAAAUUGUCGAUUCGACAACUGAAGAAGAUUAUAGUAGUAAUGAUGAAGCUAAAAGUUCGAAAAAUGAGCUAAAGAGGCCCGAUUUGAAAGGUUAGUAUUUUUUGGGGAAAUUUUAGCAUUUUUCAAAUUCAAAAUAUAAUUUCAGGCUCUUUCCGCUGCUCAAUUUGCUCCAAAAUCUUCUGUCACUCUUCAAGUUUGUCUCGACAUCGAAUGCAGGCACAUUUUAAAAGUUAUAAAUGUACAGUAUGCAAAAAGGAUAUUUCAAGUAUGUUUUGGGUCAAAUAGAGCAGCUGAAAAUCCAGAUUUAUAGCUUCAGUUAUUAGAAAAUCGUGCCAAAAAAUUCUAAAAAUUUAGUAGAUCAAAAAAUCAGGGCUUCCAGAUUUUUUGGCCUACAGUACUCCUUGAAAAAUUUUCUCUGAAACUCUUUCCUCCUCUGAGAAUUUCAGCUUUUCAUCCCUAAAUGCAAUAUAGCUACAGUAACCUUUGUAAAAUAGUGCCAAACAUUUAGUAAAUCAAGAAAUUUAGGCUUCCAGAUUUUUAGAAAAUUUCAGACUACUUCUGAAACUCAUUCCUCCUCUGGGAAUUUCAGAAAACCACAGAUCACUUUCCUAUUUUUUUUUGAGAAUUGCGCAAUUCGACCCGAUUUUUUGUCGCUCGCUUAUUAUUUUUUCCUUCUUCAUAAUCUUCUCCACUUUUUUUGUUGAAUUCAAUUGAAAUUCCACCGAUUAUUAUUAUUAUUAUUCAUAUUGUUGUUGUUGUUAUGCGUAACCCGAAUGACCUCAAUAUUCUUCUUCUUCUUUUUCUUCCCGAAAAAUUGAAUAACAACAAACAAAAUGAAAUAAAAUGAAAUAAAACUAUUCGGAAUCUCGAAUGAGAUGAGAUCAUUUGAAAAUGUUUACAAUUAGCAAAGGGUAUAAACUUGGAAAAGACACAUUUUGAAAUGGUACAAUUUUUGACAGAGAAAUUCGCUAGACGCUGAUCCUUGACAAUAGAGCUUGCUAGGCUCGGCUACUUCGCAUAGAAGCUCUCAAGGCGCGGCUCCUUGCCAGAGUGGAUCUCUAGACGCGAGUGCUAGACAACUAAGUUUUCUAGGCUCGGCUUCUUGACCACAAGUUCAGAGGACAUCUGAAAAUCCUCUGACUCAGAGUUUGUAACUAAAAAUUAGGAGUACAAUUUUCACUUCUAAAACCACGUGGAUUUUUAAGCUCAAAAACUGUCCAGAAAUUUUGCCACUUGGAUUUUUGAGCUCGAAUUCCAUUUUUUGAAAAUGAGAAGUUCAAAAUGGAGAAACCUAGAGUUGAUCUACAGAAUUUUUGGAACUUUUUCGGCACAAUUUUUGAAGGGCUCAUUUUUUCUCAUAUUCAAAAUGUAACAUUUUUUAUACAGAAAAUUUUCUGAGAAAAUUUUUGCCGAAUGAAAAAAAAAACAAUUUCCAGGCAGUGAAAGUCUCCGAAGUCACAUGUUCAAACAACAUCACAUCUCUCGAAUGUACAUGUGCCGAUGUUGUAAUUGGGCAUUCCCUGACAAAUCUCUACUCCACCUCCACCUUCAAACAUCAUCGAAUUCUCGCAUUUCAGUGAUCAGUGAUCCAUAUCAGCGUAUGUUUUUCUUCACACUUUGAAAAAUUGAAGAUCAUGUGUAUUUCAAAAAUUUCAGUAACUCAAAGUCCAAUUUUCUGCGAGACCAAUAACAAUAAUUCCACAAAUAGUUUAUUGAUUGGAUUACCAAAACCGAUUCCAAGUAAGAAAUGUCCCGAUGAUUUUUCCAAAAAAAAUUUUUUUAGCAACAACUCCAGUUUAUCUAACAGAAUGCCCAUCCCGAACAUCUUCACAAUCUCCAAGUUUUAGCGGAAGUUUUAAAAGUGAUUCACAAACCAGUGCAUUUCAUCAGUUGGCAGCUGAUCGAUCUGCACCAACAUCACCUUCAGAAUCUUCACAUUCACAAUCAACAUCUGAUUGUUUCGAUUGUCAUGUGAACAAAACUCGUUUGAAUAUUGCAGAAAAUAAAUGUAAAUAUCUAGAAUCAAGGGCUAGAACUCUACAGGUUUGUAGUUCUCUGAUGUCUCUGAUCUCUCUCAAUUAUCCAAUUUUCCCUUCAGAACGAAGCUGUCGAUGCGCAUUCCCAACUACAAUCAAUUGAACUAGGCGUGCAUCGAUUGAGAGCGGAGAAUCUGAUGCUUCGCGAGCAUAAUGAGAUUUUCCAACGAAAACUUCUAGAGUGUCAGGCUCUUGCAGUUCGAUUUUUGCAAAAAUCUGGUUCGGCAAAUCCAACGGAAAUUCAGCAAUUUUUGAAUUUUUUGGUUAAUUCCACGAUAAUUGGGUCGUGA